GUUUUUGUUUCAGUAGUGUUAAUACAUUGUAACUAAUCAAGGUUUUAGCAAUUUGUAAACUUUGCAAAAAACUAAGUAUGCUGUUUAUUAGUGUUAUGCUAUUAUUGUUGCUUAACAAUGCCUUUGCUGAAAAACUUAAAUUCCAAAGAGGCACAACGGAAGAUUUUUCUUAUUCUUUAACUUCUUCAAAAGCUAAACUGACCGUUGGUCUAAUGACAUGCUUUAGUUCGCCACCAAAAAAUGCUGCCGUCACUUUGGUCAGGCCGACUGAUGCAUCCUUGCAGCACAGAUUUAAAGCAAAAGUUUUGCAGAUAUUUUCCGACAGCUUAAGUAUAGAAUUAGAAAGAGUGGACGUACAUUCUUCUUGGGAGUGGAUCGAACUUAAAAUUGAAUGGAUUGUUUAUUUAGAAAACGCCGGUUCGGAUUGGUUUGAAGCCAGCAAUGGUUUAUUAUACAAGUAUAUUCCAAUUCGUAUGAGCUAUGAAAAGGCAAAAACUGAGUGCAAAAAGCUUGGAGCUUGGGUGGUCGUACAUGCUUCCACUAAUGAAACUGUACUUACGCAAAUGCACAACGAACUCGUGCCUGCAAUUAAGUUAAGGUAUUGGGUCGGUUUGACUAGAAAAGACGGAGUUCAGGACUGGCUGUGGGGAGAUGGAACUCCACUUGAAGAAAAUACACGCUGGGCAACAUUUGAGCCAAAUAACUUACAUUCUGCUGACGAAUUUUGUGUCCUUGGCGGAUAUUCUCUAACAAGCGAAAUUUCGACUUAUUGGGCAGAUGUUAACUGUAACACUCUGCAAGCCGUUUUAUGCGAAAGACCAAAAUAA